CGAGGUCUAACCAGUAUUAUACGUCGGCUUAUGUACGAAAACAAGACAGUGUACAACUGGCGCAAGUAGUGACUCGAAUUAUUAUUUAUUAAAAGAUCCACACAACUUGGUUGGAAAACGCCAACGCACCAAUAAUAAGAUCCGUAUAGCAUAACGUGCAGUAUGGCCUGCUACUGUGGACAGCGAUCUUGCUAACGUUGAUGACUACAAAAUUUAUUUAAUUUUGUCGACAAUGUCUGAAGAAUCAAAUGUGGACAUUCCGUAUGACUGUGCCCUUAAAACGGAAAGUUUGCCAAUGGAUGAAAUGGAAGUGCAGUGCGACGAACCGCCGGCGAAGGUGCCUUCGGCCAAAAGGUCAUCGGGAUUUUUCAUAGAAGAUAUUCUUGGCGAUACGUUUACUUCCACUAAGAAUACCUCGCAAAGUAUUGUCAGACCAUGGGAUUUACCUGAACCGCCGUGCAUUCGAACUGCGACUGAUGGCACGCGAUCAAAAAAUGCGAAGGAGUCCAAGCGGACGAAAGGUUCGCCUCUGGAUGCGUUGUUUAAAAUGGCCAGCAAAACCUUUGAAGGAUUAGAGCGAGCAGACGUACGAGCAGGAACAGCUAGUCCUCAUAAUAAUUCAGCAACCGGUUCAUCGAACAGCAGCAUCAAGAAGAAACGAAAAUCCCGCACCGCCUUUACCAAUCAUCAAGUAUUCGAGUUAGAAAAAAGAUUUUUAUAUCAAAAAUAUUUAUCGCCAGCUGACCGCGACGAUAUUGCCCAGACGCUUCACCUGAGCAAUGCACAAGUAAUUACAUGGUUCCAAAACAGAAGAGCUAAACUUAAACGCGAUCAAGAGGAAUUAAAAAAAGAUGUUACGGCGACAAGAUUGCAUGCUAUACAGAAAUCAUUUUUCGACGUACGGGAUCUUGCAAUGUUCCGAGCCGCCAAAUACUUGGAUGUCAAAAGGCUUAAUUGAUAGUAACGACUAUUUAUGAUCUUUCUCACCAAUACGCGCUGUUGAACAUUACUUUUACAUAUGAAAUAUUUACAGCGUAUCUUGGAUGUUGAUAUUAAAUAUUACACACAGCGAUUUUCAUUAUUAUGACACUAUGUGUUUACAUGAAGUCCAGUCAUGAAAGCUAAAAAAGAG